CAAGGUGUUUAAGUAACAAUGAAUUAUUUAGUCAAUGUGGAAGAAAAGAGCGCGUGUUAUCACAACUCGUCUGCUGCUGCCUCAACUGAUGGCUCCUAGGCUACUCUCACUACCGUAGAUAUUUCAGAUAACUGCACUGGAAUUACGAUGGUCAUAUACAUUUUUAUAACAAACACGAGGGGAUUUGUGCAUCCAUCACAGCUGUGUGUAGGGACAAGUUGCUGACAAGCUUCGUCUGCUAGAGUGCUAGGGCCAGCAGUGCUAGGCAAACCUAGGCUAAUUUUGCAUUGCAUUUUAUUUACCUUUUAUGAAUAACCUACAAAUUUAGCUUUUGCCUAUUACUGUAUAAUUAAUUGCUACAAUUAAAACCUUUUGAAAUACGGGUGACUAGUCAGGUGACAGGGAAAGGUUCUGUAAUAUAGGCCUAGGUAUUCUGUUUCUGGACAUUGAACCAGGAGUUGGAGUCACCAUCACCCUGAGCUUGUGUCAUGUUUUCCCGUUCCUAUAUGUCAUUGAUCAUAUAGAAUUUACUGUGUGAUAUUGUAUGUGUGUACACAUUAAGAACGUCAAGGCAAAGACGUCAAGAUAAUAUUACCUUGACGUUUUUAAUGUGUACACACACACACACACUAUCACACAGUAUAUUCUAUAUGAUCAAUGAUAUAUAGCAACGGGAAAACAUGACACCCUAUCACUCGGCUGGGUACCGUGGAAACUGGGAUAUGGUACCUUCACGCGCCCCGAGUUUGUAGUUGGCCGCGUUGCCAAUAGAUGGCGGCGAUAGCGCUCAGUGACACCCGUGUUUGUAGUUGGCCGCGUUGCCAAUAGAUGGCGGCGAUAGCGCUCAGUGACACCCGAGCUUGUAGUUGGCCGCGUUGCCAAUAGAUGGCGGCGAUAGCGCUCAGUGACACCCGUGUUUGUAGUUGGCCGCGUUGCCAAUAGAUGACGGCGAUAGCGCUCAGUGACACCCGAGUUUGUAGUUGGCCGCGUUGCCAAUAGAUGGCGGCGAUAGCGCUCAGUGACACCCGUGUUUGUAGUUGGCCGCUUUGCCAAUAGAUGGCGGCGAUAGCGCUCAGUGACACCCGUGUUUGUAGUUGGCCGCGUUGCCAAUAGAUGGCGGCGAUAGCGCUCAGUGACACCCGUGUUUGUAGUUGGCCGCGUUGCCAAUAGAUGGCGGCGAUAGCGCUCAGUGACACCCGUGUUUGUAGUUGGCCGCGUUGCCAAUAGAUGGCGGCGAUAGCGCUCAGUGACACCCGUGUUUGUAGUUGGCCGCGUUGCCAAUAGAUGGCGGCGAUAGCGCUCAGUGACACCCGUGUUUGUAGUUGGCCGCGUUGCCAAUAGAUGGCGGCGAUAGCGCUCAGUGACACCCGUGUUUGUAGUUGGCCGCGUUGCCAAUAGAUGGCGUUAUCAGUCAUUUGCCUUAUUUCACCAAAGAGCCUGAGUUUAAUCUGGCCUCUAUUGUUUUUUAUUUUACUUAAAAUACGUAAAGUAUAUUGUGGUAAGAUUUAUUUAUUAUUUAGCUACAAAUAUUUAUGUAUUUACGUAAAAUUUAUAGGUUUAUACUAAAGGAUCCCUUAUACUCGUGGUCCUUGACUCGGUUGUUGUCGUUGUCAUUCCUCACGCAUGGCGCUGGUGGUCCCUUAGGGUGUACACACAAGAUGAGUUAAAGACCCUUGGGAAAUUGAUCAGCGCCAUCACAACUGAAAAUGAUAACUGCAGGCUGAUAUAAACAGCUGCCACUGUAGAACUUAAUUCCAAUGAAUCCAAUAACACCACCACUACUACUACCUCAUCACCACCACAACACCAUCACCUAUGGCAAGAUGAGUAACGACUAAACCCUUGAGAAAUUAACAAAUGGAUCAUGGAGACACUGCUGCUACAGCAGAGCAGUAAAGGGCAGCAGUGGCUAGCCCAGGGUAGCAACAGCAGUGGCCAGCCCAGGACAGGACAGUGUCCAAGGUUGCAGUUCAGGAUGACAGCAGCAGUGGCCAGCCUAGGACAGGACAGUGUCCAGGGUGGCAGCAGCAGCAGCAGGCAGUCCAGGACAGCAGCAGUGUCCAGGGUAGCAGCAGCAGCAGGAAGUGGCCAGCCUAGGACAGGACAGUGUCCAGGGUGGCGGCAGCAGCAGCAGGCAGUCCAGGACAGCAGCAGUGGCCAGCCUAGGACAGGACAGUGUCCAGGGUGGCAGCAGCAGGAAGUGGCCAGCCUAGGACAGGACAGUGUCCAGGGUGGCAGCAGCAGGAAGUGGACAGCCUAGGAUAGGACAGUGUCCAGAGCCGCAGCAGCAGGCUCCCCCGGGCGGCGGUCUCCCCAGGGCUCCCCCGGGCGGCGGGCUCCCCCGGGCGGCGGGCGGCAGGCUCCCCCUGGCGGCGGGCUCCCCCUGGCAGCAGCAGCAGGCUCUCCAGGGCGGCAGCAGCAGCAGGCUCUCCAGGGCGGCAGCAGCAAGUCCAGCUUAGUGGUAACCACCCACCACAAAGUCCUGAAUAAUAUUUCUGUACAAAAUAAAAAGUAAAAUUAA